AUGACUAGUAAUCAUAAGCCUUCUGGUGAUAACUAUAUGGAUUCGAUGUGUAUAGGAAUUUCAAAAAUAUUGCAUCAGAGUCAUUCUGACGAGAAUCCUUCAUCUGUUGAUGUUUCACGUCCUUCAGUUUCUAACGAUAUCGAUAGUGACCCAUAUUUCCAAAUUCACGAGGCUUCACGCACUACUGGAAUGUUAGACAUUAAUCCGAAAUGUAUGGUGAAGGAUUCUAAACAUGGAAUUCGUCUUAGCAGUCGAAGACGCGGUUCAGAUAUCAGCAAAAAGGCUGUCUUUGUCCAACCUCAUGAUGGAAAGUUGUUCAAAGUUGUGUCAAAGCACAGUAUGAAGAAAGCAAAACCUCCCGAUAUUAGCAAGGAAGUUGCUCAAUGUCGAGAGUCCCAUAACGACUACCUUGACUUUUCUAAUAUGAAUCUUCAACAGAUUCCAAAUGCAAUUUUCAAAGAUUUAUCCUUUAUAAAAGAUUUAUUUCUGUAUGGUAACAAAUUAACCACACUACCAAGCAGUAUCAGUCAUUUGACAAAUCUAAAACGACUGCUAUUGCAACAAAACUGGUUAACAGCAUCUGGCAUACCAAAUGAAAUAACGAAACUGACUAAUCUGGAACAAUUAGAUCUACGUUACAAUCGUUUGGAUGGUCCUCUUCCUACAUGUAUAUGUGGUUUAUAUAACUUGGAACAUUUACUUCUCACAUACAACAAAUUAACCCAUAUUGUAGACGAAAUAAAAUAUUUAAAACGCUUAUCUGUAUUGGUUUUCUAUCGUGAACUAACGAAAUUGGUAAAAUUGGAUUUAUCCUUUAAUCAUAUCACCUUCUUACCUGACAGUAUCGGAAAGUGUACAUCUUUACGCGAUCUAAAUCUUCAACAUAAUCAACUGACAAAACUACCUGACAGCAUAGGAAAUCUGGUAAACUUAUGUAGAUUAUCUAUCAAAUAUAACCAGUUGGUGGAAAUUCCGGCAAGUCUAGCUAACUGUGUGAAACUUGACGAAUUUAAUGUGGAAAACAACCAGUUGUCUUCACUUCCUAAUAAUUUGCUAUCAUGUUUACAUAAUCUACUAAAUAUCACCCUGUCAAGAAAUUAUUUUACAAACUUUCCCUCUGGUGAUCCACAACAAUUUCAGAUGUGUUAUACUAUCAAUAUGGAUCAUAAUGAAAUUACAAACAUUCCAAAAUCUGUAUUUAGUUUGGCUUCAAAUUUGAUUAAAUUAAAUUUACGUGAUAAUGCAUUAGACAGUUUAAUUGGUCCAGACUUGCAUGAAUUAAAAACCUUAGUUGAAUUGGAUUUGGGCUCUAAUCAUUUGACAGAAUUACCUACGGAAAUCAAUAAACUUGUUGCUCUUGAAGUACUACGAUUAAACUAUAAUCAGUUAACUUCUUUACCUGAUGAAAUAACACAAUUAUCAAAACUACGUAUUCUGGAUUUGGAAUCAAACUUAUUGGAAUCUUUACCAAAUGAUUUAUCAGGUUUAACAUCAUUACAAGAAUUAAAUGUUCUAUGUAAUAGAUUAAAAACAUUUCCUGCAAGUAUUGGACAACUUACCAAAUUGAAAGUGAUUAUGGCCGGUGAAAAUGACAUUACUGAUAUACCUGUUGAAAUAGGUAAUAUACCGACACUUCACGACCUACAUUUGAAUAAUAAUCCGAAUUUGAAUAGUUUACCUGCUGAACUCUCACUAUGUGGAAAAUUGAUUAUAUUGAAUUUAGAAAGUUGUCCACUACGUGCUUUACCUGAACCAAUAGUUCAAGGUGGUUCUGCCAUGAUUAUCUAUUUCCUUCAACAAGUGCUACAGUUACGACGGCAACAAAAUAUCUUAUAA